CUUCCUCGUCUCGUCGGCAGGCGUUUUAUCACCACUGACAUUUAUGAAAAGGGGGGCAAAAUGAUGCCGAGUGCAUCCGGUGCCAAAAAGAAUUCAAGUGAUGAAGGUAGUUCUGGAUCUGAAGCAGAGCUCAGUGCAGAACCGACGACAGACCGUUUUGGUUUCCUCCUGACCAACGGAGCUUCGGCUGAGAGUUCGGGUCCACAUCCUCAUCUGGUGAGACAGAGGGAAGGGAAGUGGAUCAACAUCAUCAACCAGUGGGAGACCAUCUUGAUGAAGAAGCCUCAUAAGGUUAAGGUCCACUGCCAGAAAGGCAUCCCCUCGUCGCUCCGAGCCAAGUGCUGGCCCCUGCUGUGUGGAGCAACGGAACGGAUGAAGCACAGCAGACACAUCUAUCAGACUCUGGACUCGGCGGCUGCUUGCCAACACUGGGUGGAUGUUAUUGAGAGAGACCUGGAUCGACAGUUUCCUUUCCACGAGAUGUUUCUGUCCAAAGAUGGGCACGGACAGCAUGGAUUGUUCCGGGUGUUAAAGGCCUACACUCAGUUUCAACCAGAUGAAGGCUACUGCCAAGCUCAAGGACCAGUAGCUGCUGUCCUGCUCAUGAACAUGCCAGAAGAGGAGGCCUUCUGGUGUCUGGUGCAGAUCAGCGAGCAGUACCUGCCUGGGUACUACAGCCCGCUGCUGGAGGGAGUCCUGUUCGAUGCCGCCCUCCUCACCUGGCUCAUAAAGAGAACGUGCCCCCCGGCUCACAAGCACAUGCAGCGUUAUGGAGUCGAGCCCCUCAUGUUCGCCACAGACUGGCUGAUGUGUUUGUUCACGCGUCACCUGCCCUUCAACACUCUCCUCAGAGUCUGGGACUUGUUCUUCUGCUACGGGGUGCGGGUUCUACUCCAGGUCGCCGUGGUUCUUGUACGGCAUGUUCUGGGCCAAGCAGAGCAGAGGAAGCAGUGUCAGGGUCAGAUGGAGACUCUGGAGAGGCUGAGGGCGGUCAAGGAGGAGGUGAAGGUGGAGGAGGACACUUUCAUAGCAGAAGUAUGCUCUAUUCCGCUAUCGACCAGCGACUUGGAAAAACAGACAGCGAAAGAGUUGGAAAAGUGGCAAAAGGACAAACCUUCUUCCACUUUUGACCCCAGGGGUCGUUGCCAUGGAUACCGUAUGGUGUGGGCCCAGACCAUUAACCAUAAGGAAGAACAGGACCGGGUGAAAAGAGAGACAGGAAACCUCUCUGUGACGCUCAUACGCUCUGCCUCCACCCUCUCACUGUCUCCCUCCAUCCUGGAGAGGUGGAGGGGAGGAAAGGUGGACAGCAAAGAGAGUAAAAGCCGGGGGAAGAUCAUAAGGCAUUUCUCCAUGGGGGCGAAAGAUGAAUGGACUAGCUGGAGGAACAUGAAAUUUAAAAAUGUGAAGAGCAUUCUGGAGGAGGAUGUAGUCAUGGAUGAACAUCAGACGCAGAGGGAAAAGCCAGUGAAACUAACAGCAGCGUACAAACACCAGAGAGUAAAAUCAAAGGAAGUAGAACCCAAAUUAAUGGUCGCACAAAAUCCGUCUGAAGGGACAUGUUUAAACCCAACGGCUGGUGAUGUAAACACAAAACAGGGCUCUGAGAAAGAGGAAGCCGGAAGUGAACCAACCACAGACGAGUCAGAAGAACAGAUGAGAGCUCAGCUGGAGGUGAAAGCAGAAACAUCAGACCCCAGGGGGAGUGAAGAGACUCAGCAGAGGAAUGAGGAUAAAACGGAGACACCUUUGACUUCAGAGAUAGAGCACAGCCCAUCAGAGACUGCUGCUCCUGACUCCCAACACCACAUGAGUGACUCACCAGCCCAAAACACUGAGAAGUCACACAACCAAACUGACUUAUCGGCAGAGACGCAAGAUAAAGCAGGUGAAAAGGCCACAGCUCAAGACAAACCAGCAACUGUUUCACUUCCUGAGGGAGCUGAAGAGCAUGACAUCACAGCAGAGACAAGUCAUGAAAUGAAGGACCCAGAACGUGACAGGAAAGAAUGUGAGGAGGAAAUAACAACAGAGCACCAAGAAGUGAAUGAAGAAAACGCCGACCAAAGUGAAUCACCUGAGCCACUAGAAAGUCAUGUGGCGCUGAAGCAAGAAGAGGUUCCAGCAGAACCAGAUCAUCACAGAAGCGACGCACAAACUACCCAGCAGAACGGCAGCAGCAAUACCAGAAACUCCAAGAGGAGGACCAGCAGUUUCUCAACAGGAGACAUUUGUGUCCGAAGGUCCUUCACCAGUGCAGCGUCCAGAGAAGCUCGGCGGCUCAAUGACAAACUCUUUGUCAACCCUCAAGGAAAACAACCCACCCUCAGACAGUCAGAGGGAGUUCAGAUCACAGGUUCGCAUUCAAAUAUGGCGCAAACACCUACAGACACGUCCUCAGAGCAACACCUUGAAGCGGCAAGAGCAUCAAGUCGCCCGCAAGCCACAAGUGUUUUCCACCGACUAAAGGGAGAUAAGACGAAGAGGAAGCAGAAAAUGAAAAUCCCUAAAAUAACUAUUCAGGACUUCAGCGACGUAGCAGUCCAACAAAAAGAGGAGAAGCUGAGGGAGAAGAGGAGGAGGAGGAGUCGGGAAAGUGAGAGGAGGAGGAAGGAGGAAAAGCAGGCCCGGAAGAUGGAGACAAGGAAGCAGCAAAAGAAAAGCUCUCAGCUGCAAAAAGAGAAGGAGAGCACUGAGGGAGUUCCGGUGGGAAAAAGUGGGUCACCAAGCCUGAAACAUUCUGCUUCUUACGCUGAACUAUACUUUUGACAUGUUCAAGUGAGGGGUCUUGCACGUGUGGUCAAAGUCAAAGGUUUGGUUGAGAAGUCAGGUGGUCAUAAUGUAAUCAUGCCUUUGACUCCCACACAUCUGUAUAACUGUAAAUUCAGACGAAAUACUGACGUUCAGUCUACUAUGAUGUACCAAAAAUGUAAAUAUAUAUAAAAAAAACAUUUGACUCUGGCAGCAAUUCCGUGUUUCAGAAACAAAGUGUUCUUGAAAAAAUAAACAAGGUUUAUUUAAAGGAAGACAAACUGUAACAGGCAAGGCCAGGUAUCCACUUUUCAAAUGAUGUCACUUUAACUGUCCAAUAAAAACGCCU